GACCGGUGUGGUGGUGUUGUUGUUAUAAAGCGGUGAUGUCGGCCGCCUCCGCCGAGGCUCUGGCCGCUCACAGCAGCGCUAAAAUGGCCGAUAAGGACGCGGGGCAGGAGACGGCGCUCGGCAGCGCUUAUUCCCCGGUGGACUACAUGAGCAUCACCAGCUUCCCCCGCCUACCCGAGGACGACGCGCUGGCCGGAGAGAGCGGCCUGAAAGCCCGCAGAGACGAGGACCACUUCCUGGCUGAACAGGAGACAGACCCGGACCUGUUCCUGAAGUCGGCGCGUCUGCAGCGUUUGGCCUCGUCAGCGUCAGACCUGGCCAGUCAAGAUUCAUCUCCUCUGAAAGAGACGAGGCGAGACCCACUGGCUCAGGACUGCGCUUGUGCACGAGACGGCCUCACCGUCCUCAUCACGGCCUGCCUGACCUUUGCCACCGGGGUCACCAUCGCCCUCAUCGUGCAGGUCUAUUUAGGAGAACCACAGAUCUUUAAUCAGGGUGCCGUGGUGACAGAUGUGGCUCGCUGCACCUCUCUGGGUUUCGACAUUCUUGGUCAACAGGGUUCCAGCGUAGAUGCUGCCAUCGCCGCCGCUCUCUGCUUGGGCAUCAUCCACCCCCACACCUCUGGCAUUGGCGGUGGAGGAGUGAUGUUGGUCCACGACAUUCGAAAAAACGAGAGCCGCGUCAUUGAUUUCCGUGAAACAGCGCCCUCUGGCUUGCGGGAGGAGAUGCUGCAGGAUCUAGAGCAGAAGCCAGGCCUCAUGGUGGCUGUACCGGGCAUGCUCAGUGGACUGCAUCAAGCUCACCAGCUCUACGGAAAAAAGUCCUGGAAGGAAGUGAUCACCAUGGCCGCAGACGUCGCCAGGAAUGGCUUCAACGUAACCCAUGGCCUUGCGGAUGCCCUGUCCCAGAUAAAGGGAGAGAACGUCUCCGAGGCGUUCCGAGAGCUCUUCCUUCCAGACGGUCAUCCUCCUCUCUCUGGCCUCUUCAUGACCCGGCAGGAUUUGGCAGCCAUUUUGGACCGAGUGGCAGUCAAUGGGAUCGCAGAGUUCUACGAUGGAAAUCUGACACAGGAAAUGGCGAAUACGGUUCAGGCCAGUGGCGGUGUUCUGAUGGAGGCGGAUUUCAGUAACUACACGACAGUCCUUCAGCAGCCAAUACAGAGCCAUUACCAAGGUUAUCAGAUAAUGGCUGCUCCGCCUCCUCACGCUGGAGCCGCCCUCCUUACAGCCCUGAACAUCUUGGAAGGUUAUAACAUCUCCAACCAGACUAAAAGGAGCAGCACCCUCCACUGGAUCACUGAGACUCUGAAGAUCUCCUUGUCUCUGGCCAGUGCUCUCGGAGACCCCGUGUUUGACCCGUCCGUCUCUGAAGGUGUGGCUCGGAUGUUAAGUAAAAGUCAGGCUGCUCAGUUCCGUCAGAUGAUCAACGACUCGCACUCCUCCCCUCCGGGCCACUACUCGCCCAGUUACGCUCUGGAGGAGGGCACGGGGGUCAGCCAGGUCAUGGUCAUGGGUCCUGAUGACUUCAUCGUCUCUGUUACGAGCUCCAUGAAUCAGCCUUUUGGCAGCCGUAUCGUGACGCCCUCUGGAAUCCUCCUGAACAGCCAAAUUCUGGACUUUUCCUGGCCCAAUAAGAGCCACAGCUUCGCCCCACCCAAUCCGCACAACAUCGUUCAGCCCGGGAAGAGGCCGCUCUCAUUCCUCAUGCCCACCGCCGUCAGACCCUCGCUGGGCGUCUGUGGCACUUACGUGGCACUCGGCUCCUCUAACGGCGACCGCGCGCUCAGCGGCAUCACACAGGUUUUGCUGAAUGUCUUGUCACUGCAUAAGAAUCUGAGCGACAGUCUGACCAUUGGCCGGCUCCACCCUCAGCUCCAGCCCAACACACUCCUGGUAGAUGCGGAGUUUCAGAGUGCGGAUGUGGAGACGCUGGAGCAGAAAGGCCACGAUGUUCAGAGGGUGGAGGUCAUCUCGCUGGUGGAAGGAACCAGGAGAACCAACGACGUAAUCAUCGGAGUGAAGGACCCUCGCAGCGUCGACGCCUCGGCACUCACCAUGUUCACAUCCAUGCCCUAAUGACCCCGCCCCCACCGCUCCACUCUACGGUGUGUGCAAUAACGCAAACAUAGGCUGAAUGUACACUACUGACACUGGGGGAGAAUGGCACUGAAUAAACCAUGCACACACAUGGCAUGCUCACACCUAGCAGUAACUGAACUACAUGUUGCCCAGGCUGCUUAUGGUUCAGUUCAGUUCAGACCUGGUAUUUACUUUUGUCUCAGGUGAUCUGAUCACUUAAAGCUGCAAUAGGCAAUUUUUUUUUUUAUAAAGGCUGUCACCAUGGAUUAAGGCAUGGCCUUUGGAAAAACGUGAAUUAAGUCCAUUUGGAAAAUUGACUUCCUGUCCGGGGUGCUUGUUUGCAUUUGGAUGUGCCUCCUGUCGAUCAUUUUAGACACUAUACUCCAGGCCAGUGUAGAUGCUGGGGGCGGAGCUUUGUGAACAUGGGUGGGAAUCAUUAUAAUCAUUAAGACGCCUAAUCUUGGGGGGAGUCUAAACUUUCCGACUGCACCUUUUAAAUCCUGUAUAGUUGGUGAAAGAUCAAAAAAAUGUAAGAUUAUAUUAAGAUUUAAAUUUAAGGUUAAAAAAUAAAUAUUAAUGAAAGUUUGUAUCCAAAUGAUUUGAGUAAGCAAAGGAAAGAAAACUACGUAACUAGCGCAUGAUUCAUGAGGUGUUUAAUUCUCUCCUAUACCAAAUUUAUCAAAGAACAAUGCCGUAAUUUUUUUUUUUUUUUAAAUCCAUUUGUAGUUACAUUUCAUAUUGUGGAACAUCUUCGUUCCUGUGUAAAAGCGUAAACUCCUCUGUCCUGACACCGGAGACUCCUUCCAUAAAUGUUUCCUUACAGAAAUGAUUUUAAAGGUGCAGUAGGUAAGAUUGGUCUUUCUCUCUCUCUCACUCACUCACUCACUCACUCACACACACACACACACACACACACACACCUCAGAUCAGGUCUCUUAUGGUUAGGUGGGUUCAUGAUUAUGAUUCCCGCCCAUGUUUAUGAAGCUCCGCCCCCAGCAUCUGCACUGGCCUGUAGAGUAUAGCACCUAUAAAAUGACUUCACAUUUAUCACCACUCUUUAAAAUCCGUUUACGUGGUGCCUCUGAAUGAGCUGUUACUAUAGAAAUAACAUUUCCCAUUCAUCUAAACCAGCCGCUCUAGAAAACUAAUCAACACUUUUUUUUUUUUUUUUUUUUUUGGGGGAGGUGUCUUCCCCCCCACAACUAAUCAGAAUCCAGGAUUCAAGUUUCUAUUCCAGUUCAAAUCAAAUCCAGUAAAAUAAGAUGUGCGUUAACACCAGGUCUGAACAGGCUCUCGGAGAGCCCCGGUCUUUUUUUUUUUUUUUUUUUAAAUAUAUAAACACUCGUACGAAUUUUCCCAAUACAGAAGUGAAGAGUUGUUAAGGGGAGGAGCUUAAGUUCAGUAUGAUCAUCCAGACUCUCUGAUAAGACCUCACUAGUGGAAUAUUUUGAGAAAUUGCAAUUCAAACGCAUUUCUCUUCUGUAACGCGAGUGAAGGCGCUAAUGAUAUGACGUGCGAGUGUUUUGUGACGUAAAAAAAAAAAAAAAUCUGAAGACAGAAAAAUCACGGCUGGUGUUGCGCAUUUGAUGUAUCAUGAUGGAAAAAUAUGAAUUUUGUCGUCUUGUUACAAAAAAUUAUUUCCAUGGCGGUGAUGUCGCAUAAUCACACCUGCAAAUCUGAGUAAUGUAACUUAAGCUCCACCCCUUUUCAAUACAGCCACCAAUAUUUACAUACACUAAAUAUUAAUAUUAGGGUGUGGUUUGCUUCUUGUGGUUUUUUUUUUUUGAGGACAAACUUGUAUUUAUAUUUGUAAAUGAACGUGCAAGGGUUUUUUAUUUUAUUUUUUUUUUUUUUUUUUUAUAUUUUAAAGAACAAAGCUGAUUAUUUGGGUUAUUUUGAAGUUAUUUAAUAUGAUAUGAUGGAAAUUAUUUAACUUGGUGGUCAUUUUGUUUUUUUCUGGAAUGUUGCUGGAUGCUGACUGACUUCUCACGUUUCUUGAAUAUUAUUUAUUGAUCACGUUCGUGGUUUUGUUUUGGUAUUUUAUGGCAGUGUGUGUUCAUGAAGCCUGAAGAUAAAUCUUGAGUGAUGAGAGACAUUUAACGUAAUGUACUGUAUUUAAAGAAGGAUCUGUUUCUCUUUGGGGAAUUUUUUUUUUUCUUAAUUGAAUUACUGUUUUGGGUUUUUUUUUUGUUUGUUUUUUUGUUUUUUUUUGUGUAGCAUGAUGUGAUAUUUUGUUGGUGAUGCUGUAUUUGCACUGUUUCUUUUUAAAUAUUAGAAUAUAGUGUUGCUUUGAAUUUUUUUUUUUUUUUUAUAAAUGUGGAUUUAUUAAUGUGUAGUGUUGAGCUGGUUUAGAAGUAAAUGAAGCAUUUUUUCAUUGCUAACGUGUUCAUUAAAAGAUAUCAUGUGA